AUGAAGCGCAAGUACCCCCAUUUGAACAACAUUCCCUUCGAGUCCUAUCGAGAUGCUGUCCCACGGAUCCUGAUUGGCCUGGAUCAUGCACAUCUAGGGAAUGCCUUCAAAACCCGCGAAGGCCGCUUCAACCAACCAAUCGCAGUAAAAUCCAGAUUGGGCUGGAUCGUGUUCGGCAACUGCGCUGAAACUGAACCAGCUAGUUUUUUUGUAAACAUGCACAGCAUACCUAGAUGUGAAUGUAAUGAUGACGAUAGUCUGCAAAAGUUAGUAAAAAACUAUUUUUCGUUGGAUAGCAUUGGCAUUUCUCAUUCAUCGCGGCUAAUGUCAACUAAUGAUCAAAAAGCUAUUGACAUGUUGAACUUCCAAAUGAAAUCGGUUGCUGGCAGAUACGAAGUAGGACUGUUAUGGAAGUACGAACAUGUGAGGUUGCCCAACAGUAGAGACAUGGCUCUCAGGAGGUGGCAAUGCUUAGAUCGCCGACUGAGCAAAGACGAAAAGCUAGCUACGCUGAUGGAGGAAAAAAUACAGGACUAUUUGCGCAAGGGAUACAUCAGGAAGUUAGACAAGAAAGAACUUGUAUCGAAACAACCUAGAGUUUGGUAUCUCCCUAUAUUCCCCGUGGUGAACCCAAACAAACCAGGCAAACUACGAAUAGUCUGGGAUGCUGCAGCAAAAGCCCACGGAGUAUCUUUUAAUUCAGUCCUCCUAAAAGGGCCUGAUCAGAUGAGUUCGCUUUUUUCUAUUUUGCUCAAAUUCCGAGAAUAUAAAAUAGCCUUUUCCGGUGAUAUAAGGGAAAUGUACCAUCAGGUACUAAUCAGAGAAGCCGAUCAACAAUGCCAAAGGUUCUUUUGGAAAAGCAACGCGGACUCUAUCGUUCCCAGUGAAUAUGUUAUGCGAGUAAUGACAUUUGGGGCCAGCUGUUCACCGUGCAGCGCCCUCUUCGUGAAGAACGCAAAUGCGCGAAAAUUUCAAAAGGAGUUUCCACAGGCGGUUGACGUAAUUAUCAAUCAACACUACGUUGACGACGCACUGGUGAGCGUGGAAGAUGAGGACGACGCCAUACGUAUCGCCAAGGAAGUUUACGAGAUCCACAGAAGCGGUGGCUUUGAGAUAAGGAACUGGGUAUCCAAUUCCCGUCGGUUCCUGAAAGCUCUUCCAGGCCCGAAUGCCGCGGAAAAAAGUAUGAGUUUGUCUUCCGAGCUUGGCACCGAGAAGAUCCUUGGGAUGUUUUGCAAUACUGCUUCCGAUAAGUUCACGUUCAAGCUCUCUUCUAGACACGAUCCGGAUCUGCUGAAUGGUAAGCGAAUUCCAACUAAAAGAGAAGUUCUCAGAACCCUUAUGAUGAUCUUUGAUCCCCUGGGGCUAAUAGGCCACGUUUUAAUGUAUCUGAAAAUAAUCCUACAAGAAGUAUGGCGCGUUGGCGUCGGAUGGGAUGACAAUAUCCCCAAAGAUCUUUUUUUGAAGUGGUUGUCAUGGCUGAAUGUGCUACCGGCGCUUCAAGAAGUUAGAAUCCCGCGUUGUUAUAGAAUAAUGACAUCUAUGUUCAACACCACAGUCGUUCAAAUGCAUACGUUUGUCGAUGCGAGCGAGAGUGGAUUUGCCACCGCAGUGUUUCUCAGGUUCGAGGAAAACGGCAACGUAGAAUGCACCUUAGUUGGAAGCAAAACAAGGGUAUCUCCACUGAAAUUCUUAACUAUCCCGAGAUCUGAGCUGCAAGCUGGUCUACUAGGAGCCAGAUUAGCAACAAAUAUAGUUGCGUCAUUAUCCAUCGAAGUCCAUAAACAAUUCUUCUGGACCGAUUCAAGAAACCUUUUGAGCUGGCUGAAAUCAGAUCAUCGCAGAUAUUCUCAAUUCGUCGGAACGCGUGUAAGCGAGAUUCUGGAACUAACGAAUCUCAACGAGUGGUACUGGACUCCUACAAAGGAUAACGUUGCGGAUGACGGAACCAAAUGGAAGGGCGUGUCGGAUACUUCCUCGAGCAGCAGAUGGUUUAGAGGCCCUUCCUUUCUUUAUAAACCAGCAGAAGAGUGGCCAAAUCAACCAAAAUCCAUCGACAACACCAACGAAGAACUACGUCCUAAGCUUCUGCUUCAAAUUGCGACUCAUCAAUCAAUUGUAAAUAUCGAAAACUUUUCCUGCUGGCGUCGUCUGUACCGAUCGACAGCCAUGGUAAUAAGAGCUGUUAAUGAAUUUCGAAGCUUACUGCAUCCAUCGCGAAAGAACAUGAAACCUAAGCGCCUGAACCCCGAUAUCGAGAGCAUUCCACCCUUGAACAGGGAGGAAUUACUAGCAGCACAAAACCUUUUGUACAGAGAAGUCCAAAUAUGUACGACCGCUGACGAAUAUACUUUGCUGAAGGAGUCCUCCGGCGAAAGUCCCAAAGUCCUGCCAAAGUCUAGCAAACUUUAUCGCCUUUCACCCUUCGUAGACACCCAUGGUGUUAUGCGUAUUCACAGCAGAACGAAAACUUGCCAGUAUACAGACCUUCAUUCAAAAAAUCCUAUUGUCCUGCCACGGGAGCAUCACAUGACAAGACUUAUUGUUCAACAUUUCCACAAAAAUCUUUAUCACCGGAACCACGAAACUGCCAUCAAUCAACUACGUCUGCGCUAUGACAUUCCGAAGUUGAGAGUAGUAUACCGUACCAUGAGAGGCAACUGUCAGCGUUGUAAAAACGAAAAGGCUUCUCCAGAACCACCCCCUAUGGCCGAUCUUCCAGAAGCCAGACUGGCAGCCUUCUGCCGGCCAUUUACUCAUGCAGGCAUCGAUUAUUUUGGUCCGAUGCUGGUCGUUGUUCAUCGUCGUUCAGAGAAAAGAUGGGGUGUUUUAAUAACGUGUAUGACCACUCGUGCCAUAUAUAUAGAUCUCGUGCAAUCACUGAGCACCGACUCAUGCAUCAUGGCAUUGAGAAUGUUCAUGGUCCGUCGCGGAGUUCCAAGAUUCAUUUAUAGCGAUCGAGGAACAAACUUCCGAGGAGCAGCAAAAGAACUCGUAACAGAACUCGAAAAGGUGAACCAAGAUGCUCUAGUAUCGGCAAUUACAUCUACCGAAACCACCUGGAAAUUCAACCCCCCAGCAUCACCACACAUGGGUGGUGCAUGGGAAAGGUUAAUUCAAACAGUAAAAAACAACUUGCAAAACAUCUCGCUUUCUCGAGUUCCACGUGAAGAGGUACUACGCUGCGCGCUGGUGGAAAUCGAAGGUACAGUAAACUCCAGACCUCUGACUUACGUGUCGUUGGAAGAUCAAGACGCUCCUGUGCUAACUCCAAACCAUUUUAUACUCGGUUCCUCCAAUGGUAACAAGCCUCUAGCUUUGUUUGACGACAGUUCUGAGGCACUUAGAAAACAGUGGCACACUUCUCAACUUAUAGCAAACAUCUUUUGGCGACGUUGGCUGAAUGACUAUUUGCCAUGUUUGACUAGACGAUCCAAGUGGUACACACCUGCAAAAAAGAUUGCGGUUGGUGAUAUCGUGAUCAUGGUUGAUCCUAGUGCACCCAGAAACAGUUGGCCCAAAGGAAGAGUCAUCGGGACCGUUCCAUCCAAGGAUGGUCAAGUUCGAAAGGCGACUGUCCAAACAGUCCACGGAAUCUACGAGAGACCAGCGGUGAGGUUAGCUGUAAUCGACGUUGGCGUUAGCAAUCGUGCUGCUCAGGAGAUGUCUGACCGCACUCCGGGGGGGACUGUUAGUAGCGCCAACUUGAGCCCCUCGGCUUGA